AUGCGUUCGAUCCACUACAUCUCUCCUGCUAUCUUUGCAGCUUUGGCUUACGCCAGAACCGAUCUUGUUGGCUGCACAUCGACGGACGUAUCCUCACCUGCCGGCGCAUCUGUUGCCUGGUACGUCCCUGGCACAGGAGAACUGUGCGAGUUCUUGGACUGUGGAGGUGGAAGGGCGCCUCCCAAGACUACUGUACCGGGAUGUGCUCUGUAUGUGGGUACGGAGACAUACAAGCCUAGUUUCCUUGCUGGAUUCGGUGCGGCUAUGACGGUUGGCAUAGUGGGUGCGGCAGGUGUUGAGGCGAGCGCUACGUAUGUUGCUGCUUCUACGUCCUCUGUUGCUGCUGCUGUUCCUACUACUGCCACUGCUGGAGAUGCUGACGAUGACGAAACCGAGACGUGGGCAUCUGAAGCUGCUUCGACCACUACAUCUGCAAUGAGCGCUGCCAUCACUGGACUUAGCAGUUCUGACCAAGGAUCCACCACCACCUGGAGUUCGGUUGAGACCGAUAGCACGACUUCUGUCGACCAAGACCUCACCGCCCCUAGCACUUACUCAACCGCGACUUCUGCUGCCACGAAGUCUACUGCCUCCUUUACGACAAGCACAAAGGAUAUUCCUACCUUGUUCUCGGCAUCCAAUACCUCGUCAGUGGCGACUGGUAGUUUAAGCAUGAGCAGAUCGUGGGUCAAGUCCAUUCCGACUUUCGCAAGAGGCGCUGCUGAUGAUGUUGACAGGGCAAAGCUGUCUGCUUCAAGCUCGAAAACCAAGUCAGCUUCUGCAUCUCUUGCGACCUCUACUGGCAGGGCAGGCAAGAUUGUUGCUGUUGGUGGUUCGGGUAUUUUUGCUGCUGUGGUUGGAGUUUUGGCUGCCAUAUAA